AGGGUGAGGUUGCAACUCCCGCUCGCUGCACUUGAUGAGCCCAUCCGGACAAAAAAAAGCAAGGUAAAACCUAUUUUGCUACAUGAGUGUGUCUCAGUUGGGACAGACUUUGAGGUUCUUCUAGGGAUGUGUGGAUACAGCAUCCAGCACCUGUUGCCGCCUCACCCGUCUCAUCAGUAGUGAGGACGGAACAACGAGCAUCACUCCAGCGUGGACCACAUGGAGGAGCACACUGAGGCCAAUUUCAGCGGGCAUCACCUUGACGACAGCCCGGCAAGACUACAAAGCAGUGUGGUGUUCUCGGGACCAGUUUUUGUCCUUCUAAUGGUGAUGAUGGUGACUUUGGUGGUGGUGACAGUUUUGGGGAACGCGCUGGUCAUGUUUGCCUUUAAAGUGGACAAGAGUCUGCGGAGACAAUGUAAUUACUACUUCCUAAAUUUGGCAAUAUCGGACUUUCUUGUCGGAGCAUUCUGCAUCCCGGUAUACAUCCCCUACAUUCUGACUGGAAGGUGGACACUGGGCAGAGGACUGUGUAAGCUGUGGCUGGUAAUGGACUACCUGCUUUGCUCCGCGUCAGUCUUCAGCAUCGUCCUGAUCAGCUAUGACCGCUUCCUGUCAGUCACCAGCGCAGUGAGUUACCGGGCCAGACAGAGAGUGUCUCAUCCAGCCAUCAUCAAGAUGACUGCUGUGUGGGUCCUGGCCUUCGUCCUCUAUAGCCCAGCCAUCAUCCUGUGGGAGGUAGUGGUGGGCCGAAGUUGGGUGCCAGAGGACGAGUGCUUUGCAGAGUUCUAUCAUUCCUGGUACUUCCUGCUGUGCGCCUCGAUGCUGGAGUUUUUUUCCCCUUUUAUCUCGGUGGCUUUCUUCAACCUCAGCAUUUAUAUUAACAUACGCCGGAGGAGGCUCCGCUGUCGAGAGGCUCAGCUCAACCUUCAACUGGCUGAAACCGUGUCCACUCAGGGGGAAGGUAUCCCCUUGUCCCACACCUGGGGAUUGGGGGCGAAACUGGCCGCAAGGGGCGCCGUCCACUCCCCAACUUCCUCUCCAAAUUUGGGCAAACUGGAUCCAUCGAGCAGUAGGGCUGCCCAGCCAAACCGUCUGUCCAGAGAUAAGAAAAUUGCAAAGUCUCUGGCAAUCAUUGUGUGUGUGUUUGGCAUCUGUUGGGCACCGUACACCCUACUGAUGAUCAUCCGUGCUGCCUGCAGAGGGCGAUGCAUCCCGCAUCACUGGUAUGAGGUCACCUUCUGGCUCCUGUGGCUCAACUCUGCCAUUAACCCUUUCCUUUACCCACUGUGUCACAGCAGCUUCCGGAGGGCCUUUGCUAAGAUUCUAUGCCCAAAAUUCCGUAGUUCAACUACUCCCCCUUUAGCUGUCCUUCGAGCUGACCAGUGACCACCAGAUAUUCCAAAAAAACUGUGGUGUAUUAACUAUCAACUGUGAUCCAACAUAAAGCUCACAUACUAUUGUGUGAAAGUCAUCAUAUAUUGCCAUUCAAAAUAAUGCUUUUCAUAAUGAUACUUUCACACACAAUAAUUGCUUAAAAUGUUUUGUUCCAAACACAAUGUAGAUUUUUUUGGUUAUAUAUGUAUUUGCAUAGAUGACCAAUGUUGACUGUCAUUUCACUGUGAUGUUAAUCAAAAAUACAUUCCGUAAUUUAACGUUAUAUGAUACUAUCAUCAUCAUCCUAAAAUUUUUUUUUUUUUUGCCAUCUUAUAAAGGACUAUAUAUUACACAAUACAAAGUGACUGAAUAAAACAAUACAAAAGACGACUGAUUAAUGCAAUACACAACUGUUAUAUAGUGCAAAUUCUAAUGGUAAACUGCAUAAAAAGAUCAAAACAUGUUUACAACUGCUGUACUGUACCACUUAACUGUGAUAUCAGGGUGUGUGUUCGGACCUGUGCCACUAGAUGUCGCCAUUCAUCUUCGAGGGUUCUGCUGUGUGCAAAGUACCACAACUUCAAAGUUUCCUCAUUGACCCAAAUUGCUCUGACUGCAGUGAGAGUGUGUGAAUUAACACUUAAAUGCAAAGCACUGACGUCUCUGCACCAACUUUGUGAGUGAUUUUAGCUCCAGGCAGAGAUAUAUAA